AUGAAUGAUGACAGAGUCUUUUUCUGCACAGACAACCAGUGUGUCUCCCUGCAUCCCAGAGGCAUGGACUCUGAGGCAAAGGCUCCUGCAGCCCGCAAGGCGUCAUGGCUUGCCCUGGUUGCCCUGGUGUUUACAGCUGUGACCUUGGUCUCCUGCCUUGUGGCUCUCUUUGCUAUGGGUCCAGGACUGAGAGUUUGUGCUGACCAGGAAUGGGGUAUUUUAGCUCUACAGCACCCAAGACCUGCAGAUCCCUCAUUUGCCAAAUUUCAGAACAUGGGUCUGGGAGACAACACCACUGAACAGCUGCCUGUGGACUUAGAUGGUCCCUACCAUUUUUUCAGGGUGUCAGAGAUGCAAGAGGCUAUCCAGAUGUUGAAAGACCAUGUGGAGAACUCCAGCACCUGGAGUGUGGAGAUCCAGGUGUUGAAGUGUAGUGUGGACAAUGUCAGUUCUCAGAUCCAGAUGCUCAGUGGUCACCUAGAAAACACCAGUGCUGACAUCCAGAUGGUAAAAGGAGAGCUAACGGAUGCCAAAACCUUGAGUAUCCAGACCCAGAUGUUAAGGAGUUCUUUGGAGGGGGCCAAUGCUGAGAUCCACAGGCUCAAGGGAGAUCUGGAAAAGACACAUGCUCUAAACUCCCAGACCCAGAGUUUCUUAAAAAACAGUUCAGAAAGUACCAGUAUUGAGCUCCAUACACUAAGCAGAGGUUUAGAAAAUGCCAGCACUGACAUUCAGAUAUUAAAGGCAGGCUUGGCAACAGCAAACGCCCAGACCCUGUUGGUGAACAGUAGUUUAGAGAACACUAAUGCUCAGAUCUUCCUUUUGAGAGACAAUCUGAACAGUGUCAACAUUUUAAGGACCCAGAGCCAGGCUUUAAGAAAUAGUUUGGAAGGGGCCACUUCUGAAAUCCAAAAGCUUAAGGGAGGUCUGCAAAACACAGAUGCUGCAAAUUCCCAGAUGCAGACCUUUGUAAGAGUCAGCUUAGAGAAGACUAGUGCUGAGAUCCAGUUAUUAAUAGGUCAAUUGGAAAAGGCAAGUGAUGAGAUUCAUUCAUUAAGAAAAGAUUUGGAAAAGGCCAAGGCUGAGAGCCAAAUGACAAACAGCAGUCUGGAACAGACAAAUGCUCAGGUUCAAGUAUUAAAAACAGAGCUGACAGUCACCAAUGCUUUAAAUUCUCAGAUUCAGGUAUUAAAUGGUCACUUGAAAAAUGCCAGCAGAGAGAUACAGACCCUAAAACAAGGAAUGAGGGAUGCUGCAGCCUUAAAGGCCCGAACCCAGACCUUAGGAAGUAGCUUGCAGAAGGUCAACGCUGAGAUCCAGAGGCUAAAACGUGAUUUAGAGAACACCAAAACGCUCACUGCUAAAAUCCAGGAGGAACAGGGCCGCCUGGAGACUCUCUACACGACCUUCGCUUCACAGGAACAGCUGCAAAGGACCCAGAAUCAACUUCUCCAGCUGAUCCUAGAAGGCUGGAAGGUCUACAGUGGGAAUUUGUAUUACUUUUCUAAUGAGAAGAAGUCUUGGGAUGAGGCUGAGAGGUUCUGUGUGUCUGAGAGAGCCCACCUGGCAUCAGUGACGUCUGAGGAAGAGCAGACUUUUCUGAGAAAGUCCACUGACACCUUUUACCACUGGAUUGGCCUCACUGAUAGGGGCACAGAGGGCUCCUGGCGCUGGGUGGAUGGGACGCCAUUCAGUGCCUCCCAGAGCAAAGUGUUUUGGGGCAGGAAUCAGCCGGACAACUGGCUACACAACAAUGGACAGACUGAGGACUGUGUCCAUAUGCAGCAGAUGUGGAAUGACAUACUCUGUGAUACCCCCUACCACUGGGUCUGCAAGAAGCCCAUUGGCCAGAGUGUGGCUUGA